AAAGUCCGAUGCAGGGUGCAUCAAUGUGCAUCCAUAGAGCGAUGGAACUGGUGUGGCUGUGCAAGGCUACGUUACGUCAUGCCCUGUUGCGCUUGGCCUCGCGUUCUCAAACUGAUAAACCCGCCCUGAACUUGGUCCUUCGGGGUAUUCCCGAUGCAAACCAUCUGCAGACACCUUGCAAGAUCACCACGGCAGAAGUCAGGCAUCACAUUUAGUCAGACUCGCAAGCGCUUAUCCAGUAUGCCUCUCGUUGUCCCAGGAAUUACGGUCGACAAUAUGCUCGACGACAAGACGCAGGAGUGGAUGAUGAAGCUGGCCGGCAAGACCCUUUCAGACGGGCCCUCUUCCGAGACGACGUUUUGCAAGAGGGACUUGCCGCAGGAGACGCGUGUCAUCGAGCCGGGCGCGAUGGUGACCAAGGACUUCAAACCCGAGAGAUUAAACGUCCAUCUAAAAGAAGAUGGAACCGUCUCGCAUGUUACUCACGGUUGAGGUUGCCGUGUGCGAGGGGACCCAAGAGACCCCAGGGGCUGAGUGGUGGGGAGACAGGCUGCUUCUUGUGCGAUACCUAUAGUUCGAGACUUUAAACUCCCUACCUCAUAGCGAAAACACUCGAUCAUCCAAACUGCUCAUGGCCUGCCUUAGCAUAGCAACAGCCGACUCAG